AUGCGGGGGGGGGAAGCAGAGGGGGUAUCUUAUAGUGCGUUGCAUUGCCUCGUCGCAAGUAUUCGCGUUUCUCCCCCACUUACCGGCCAUGGGAGUAGCAAUCCCGGGCACAACGGCGCACACUUCCCAAAGACGACACUUUCUACCUUCGACAAUGAAUUUACUGUGGCGAAUCCUACCCGUACAACGACAACCUCGAGCCACCGCGACAGCUGCUCUCGCAACAUACAGAGGGACGUCGACCAGCUCGUGCUGAUGGAUGCGGUCGAGCACAACAUGCCGAAGGCCGAUGCACAGGCUUUGCAAGACCGGCUAGUCUUCCCGCAAGGCCCUGUGUACGAUUUCGCGACGGAGAUGGCUGCGCCGCCCCUUCUCGCACAACCGAAGCCAUCUCCUAGCCCGACGAAGUCGGCCGGCCCCAGCGGGCACACUGACUAA